AUGGCAGACCCCAAAGCCUACAACAAGAAGCUCCAAGGCAAAGUAGCCAUUAUCACCGGCGGUGCAAGCGGCAUCGGCGCUGCCACCGUGCAUCUCUUCGCCGAUCACGGUGCAGGGGCCAUUGUGAUCGCGGACAUCCAAGACGAGAAGGGCGAGGAACUCGCCGCAUCGAUCGGGGACCGUUGUGCAUGUACCUAUGUCCAUUGCGAUGUAACAAAGGAGCAAGACGUCGAAUCCCUCGUUCAGUCCACGAUCCGACUCCACGGUCGCCUAGAUAUCAUGUUCUGCAACGCGGGAAUUCUGAGCCGAUCGAUGCAGACGAUACUCGAAUUUGACUUACCGUCCUACGAGAAGCUCUUCGCUAUCAAUGUAGGUGGGGUUGCUGCCAGCAUCAAGUAUGCAGGGCAGGCCAUGGUGAAGGCCAGUAGCAGAGGAAGCAUCAUAUGCACGGCUAGUAUAGCUGCUGGACUCGCGAGUGACCGGAAUACAGAUUACGUAAUGUCGAAGAGCUCGGUGAUUGCGUUGAUGAGGUGCGCCAGUACUCAGUUGGCCCCGAACGGGAUACGCGUUAACUGCGUUUCACCGGGACCGGUGGCGACGCCUGCUCUUUGUGAAAAUCUCGGAAUGGGGGCGGACGACAUAGAAUCGAUGUUUUCAAGGAUGUUUCGCUUGAAAAACGAUGGAGUGUUGAAGGUGAAGCAUGUGGCCGAUGCUGUUGUCUUCCUUGCUAGCGAGGAAUCUCAGUUUAUCACUGGCCAUAAUUUGGUUAUAGACGGCCUGUUUCAGGGUUCGUCCUGAAACUGAAAAAUGAAAUAGUUAAAUGGUCACAAUAAAAAUAUAUUAAUAAUUAAA